UAAAUGGAGAACUACUGUUUUGUGGAAUCGGAUGGAUCAGUAAAACGUUUUCAUGAGAUGAAGACCGAAUGGGGUUUCGAUCAAUUGCUUUCCCUUGAAACAUUCAAUGAUGCUUCUAAAGGAUACCCUGUCAAGGACUGCUGUGUUUUUGGAGCUGAGAUUUUUGUUAUCAAACCAACUCGAAAAUGGGAAUUACAUUCUAUGGUUAAAAAACCUGCAAAUGGUUCUCUAACAUGAAGAUCAAAGAUUUCUCUAAAUUAGAUAAGAGCUCAUAUUUAUCCAAAGCCUUUACUGCUGGAAGGAGAAGUUGGAGAAUAAAAGUUUAUCCCAAAGGAAAUGCUGAAGCAAAGGGAGAUUCACUAUCUGUAUUCCUGGAACUAGUUGAUGGUGAUAAACUUCCACCAAAGAAAACUGUGUGGGCAGAAUACAAGCUACGAGUUUUGGACCAACGCCAUGACAAACAUGUUGAAGAAACAAUUUCACAUUGGUUAACCUCCUCCAGUCAUUAGACGUGGUUUCCGCGAGUUCAUGCCACUGGGAGAUCUCCAUGAAGUCUCCAAGGGUUAUGUUAGGAACGACACUUUAAUUGUUGAAGCUGAAAUUCUUACCUUGUCCGUGUCCAAGCUUUUCUCAUGAAAAUUGCACCAUUUCUCAUACUGGAAUCGUCACUCUGUUAUUCGUAUCAAUAAUUAACCUCUCUGUUUUAUUGUUAAGUGACCUUUCUAUGAAAAAUCAUGCGUUGAUUUCUAUCAA